AUGAGUCUCCCAGGCUUCAACAUUGGCGUAGAUGCGUGCUUGCCACCCCUUCCCGGCUGCGUCGCAGAUUCUGAUAGCGGGUGGCACUGUGGUUGGAAUGUCGACGAGGCGUGGAUCGACUUCUCCCUCGCAGCGCGCGGCUCCAAGACCGUCUGCGCCCCCACCCUACGCGCGCGCCUGGAGACUCUGGCCAGCUACCUCAGCACCUACGUUGGCUACGAGGUGCGCGGCGUCUUCGUUGCGGAUGGCCGCAAGGCGCGCGGGCAACCCUUCAUGGCGGUGUGCAGCACGAUCCCGGCUGAGAGCUUCUUGAAGCGCCCGACCAGGGACCAGCUGGAGGAGUUGGGUCGCGUGUUUUGUUGCGUUGACUUCGACGAGAAGAUGCGUUGGGCGCAGGGCAUGGAUAUGCCCAAGGCGGAAGAGGAAGAGGGUGUCAUGGUCGAGCCCUUGACGCCGCGGUCCUCAUCCGAGUCUGAGAACGGCGAGAGGGGGCCUGGAGUCAAGCGAUGGUCCAGUCUAAGGCGCAAGUUUGCGAUGAGCAGGAUGAGCUCGAGCGACGAGACGAGCUCUUGA